AUGGCUACCGAAGCGACUGGGGCUCCCGCUGAGGCUCCCGCACCACAGGAGAAGGGGAAGCAACAGGCUAAGCCCGCUGCCGCCAAAGACACACCCACUACCGGAGGAGACGCCGCCGGCGAACAGAAGCUCACUCCCGCUCAGCUAAAAGCCAGGGCCAAGGCCGAGAAGGCAGCACGACGGGCAAAGGCGAAGGAGGUGAAGGAAGCCCCACCAGCGGCCGCGGCAGCAGAUGCGAAGGGAGGCAAGGGCAGCAAGGGUGGAAAGCAGGAGGGCGGCCAAUCGGGCUCUCAGCAGAGGGCAACCCAUGUGCCCAUGGCCAAGCGGAUACAGACUUCGCAGGCGCACAAGGACGUGCACCCUGCCGUAUUGGCGGUCGGCCAGCAGAUGGCUACUUUUGCUCUUAAGGACAGCAUUGCCAGGCUGGAGGCAACCCUGUUGGCGUUCAAGAAGGUUAUUGAGUCUUACGAAACACCGAAGGGCAACUCACUUUCUCGUCACUUUGUCCCCCAUGUGCUGAACCCCCAGAUCGAGUACUUGACCGAGUGCCGUCCCAUGUCCUUUUCCAUGGGUAACGCCAUCCGCUUCCUCAAGUCCCAGGUUAACAAGUUCGACAUCGACACGCCCGAGGACGAGGCGAAGGAGUCUCUUCUCGAGUUUAUCGACAUCUUCAUCAACGAGCGCAUCACCCUGGCCGAGGUGGUCAUUUCCAAAAACGCCGCUGAGCUGAUCGACGAGGAUGGCGUUGUUCUCACGUACGGCCGCCACCGGCUGGUAGAGAAGACCAUCUUGCGGGCCAAGUCUAACGGGAAAAACUUCGCCGUCUCCAUCAUCGACGACCCGUACGACCAGGGCGGCAAGGAGCUCGCCAAGACGCUACAGCAGGCCGGCAUCCCCGUCUUCUACUCGCCCAACCUCGGCGGCCUGCGGGUGCACCUCGAGCGGGCGAGCAACGUGCUGCUCGGCACCGAGGCCAUCUUCGCCAACGGAUCUUUGCUCGCUCCCGCGGGUACUGCUGAUGUUGCCAUGGCCGCUUCGGCCGCUAACGUCAAGGUGGUGGCCCUCUGCGAGACUAUCAACUUUGACCGCGAGCGUGUCUCGGUGGACUCGCUCACCUACAACGAGAUUGACCCCGAGCGAUGCUCGGCUGAGUCGUUCCGGCUGAUGUUUGAUACCACGCACAGCAAGUACAUUACCGGUGUCAUUACCGAGUUCGAGAGCGGUACGGAUUUUGCCCCGGCGCAGGCUAUCUUGACACUGUUGAGAAAGCGGGAGGACCCUACUAUUGCUUAA